UGUGUUUCUGUACGGACUUUGGAAACUGCAGCACCGCCGGAAGUUCAUUCCAUGCUUUGAUUCGCGAAGAGACCACAAUUCUAAUUAUUUAGGAAUUUAACAAUUUAAUCGUUUUAUACGACACGCGAGACAUCAAUAAUGUCUGACAACGAAGACAAUUUCGACGAUGGAGAUUUCGAUGAUGUUGAAGAUGAGGAGGCUCUGGAUGAUCUGGAGAACGUGGAAGAUGAGGAUCAGGAGCACGUUCAGAUCCUGCCGGCGGGUGAAGGACAGCAGGCCAAUCAGAAGAGGAUCACCACUCCGUACAUGACCAAAUACGAGCGUGCACGAGUGCUGGGGACACGAGCGCUGCAGAUCGCGAUGUGUGCACCAGUGAUGGUGGAGCUGGAAGGAGAGACGGAUCCACUGCAGAUCGCCAUGAAAGAACUCAAGAGCAGGAAGAUCCCCAUCAUCAUCCGUCGGUAUCUGCCAGAUGGGAGUUAUGAGGACUGGGGCUGUGACGAGCUCAUCAUCACUGACUGAGACACACACACACACACACACUCAGCAGUGUUUCCAGCUCAGAUCUCAAGUCUUCUGCUCUGGAGCUUCAUGUUUCUUCCAGCAGUUCCUCUGUUUGUCCAGAGGAGGGCAGCACAAACACAUGAUAAACUCUCAGCAAAGAGGACCAGUUCAUUCUCAAUAUCAUUAUUUAUUGUUCAUUCGUUUCCGUUUUAUUCAUGCAAUAUUAAACUUUUUUUUGUAGGAAAUUA